AUGUCGCUAACCGAGAAGGUUAAACAAUUAACCCCAGCUCAAGAAAGCGACAGGAACUCGGUAUGUCUUCAAUGUGCCAGCUGGAACAAUGCCACGCCAACUAGCCAAGCAUUUCGAAUGUCGAGGCCGUAUAGCUAACGUAUCAAUUACGUUUCAGAACAGCACUGUAGGCGUAGCACAGGUUGAGUACGUCACGCUUGGAGAGAAGAUAGAUGGUUUGAGGCUGAAUGGUAGCCUGUUUUGUGGGCAGCAAAUUGAGGUAUCGGCGUAUAAGCAGACCUUGGAGAACUACCUUAAGGAUCAAUCGAUGGAGGGUAGUUUAGAAGCCAGCCGUCAGCGUCUUGAUGUGAAAAAAGUGGAGAAGGAACCUUCACCUGAACUGAAUUAA